AUGUCUCAACCAACGGAUAACGCAGGCAACGCCGCCAGGAAGAGAAACGUGGUAAUGGAUUGUGCCCUCCUUGCCAAUAAUGUUUCUGGCUCGGUCAUUGCCAGCGGCAUCGGCAGCCACAAGAUAAUCGCCCGACUUGUCGUCUCGAACCGCCAAAAUUGGAUCGGGUUCACGCUCAACUUCCAACUCGGUAGCAUUGAAGCAAAUGAGAAGGCAGGCUUUGGCGUCUGCCACGGAAUCGACCAGAGGAAGGACGUCGGUUCCCUCUCCAUCAUGCCAGCCAACGACUACCGCAUCGAGGUCCGCUUUCCCCGAGGCAAUUUCGAGAGUUCUAUCAACGAGGCUAGCGCUGAAGUCUCGUCUCGUUUCCCCGACGCACAAAAGUCCAAGGGAUGCCUGACUCUUGUCAUGGUGUACCUUAAGGAUGGCGCACAAUCUAAGAUCCAUGGUUACGGCAAGCCCUAUGCCAAUCCGGGUGACAGAGAGGUGGAAGACUGGGUCAAUGAAAACAAGCCAAUUAUCGACGAUAUCACGCUCCUUGAUGUUUUGCGGCAGAAAAACUUCAUAUUUCUCGUUGACUACCCAUUUUCCAAGGUCCAAGAGGAGUGGGAUGAGUCUCCUCUGCCUUCGGCCUCCGUCUACCCGUAUAGGACGCCCGACCAAUACGACUUGACCUUCUUCGAGAACGAUAUAGCAGGCAACAAGUCGAAGCAAUCGUUCAAUCCGGCAACAAGCUUUGACGACGAUAAUGCCCAUGUCACCGUCCUCACUCACUCUGUCGUCCAAGAUCAAAUAUGGGUCAGCUUGGCAGCUCGAGAGAUCGCUCACGAACGACGUCCCGCCUACUUUGUUCCCGUGGGCCCUGACAGCACGGAAGCAUACUACGUCGUCAUUCCCUUUGAAAAAGAGUGGAGAGAGGGCCAUGACGGAGCCUGGCGUCGUCUCAUCAAGAAUGGGACUGUAGAGCUCGUUCUCUACAAGCAUUUCGCGUCCAAGCGGAAGGCAGGACAAUGGAGAUGCUUGAUCCGGAAUUAUCCAAAGACCCUUGAGCGACUUCGUGAUCACCCCACGACGGACUACGACCUUGUCCUUCUCGUUCGCCGCCCUCACGCUACUCAUAAUCACAAGGGCUCCUCGUUCGAGGUCAAGACGUUCGAGUCGCGAAAGGCCGCUGAUGCCGCCUUAUAUUCCGCUAACUUAAGAGAAGAAAAGCUGACUGAUGCAGCUGAGGUAAAAGGUGCCGAGCCUAGAGAAGACUCUCUUCAUAGCAUCGAGGCCUACAUAGAAUAUGUCGCUUCUUCCGAGGAAGAAAUCGGCGCAAGCUUUCGGUCGGCUGAUUGGGUUUGGGUGUUUGACGACAUAGAUCGGGAGGAGCAAGUCGCGGACAACGUCGAUGAUGACAACCAAGAUGCCGAUCUGCUCGUUGACCCGAGAGACCGAUAG